AUGAGCGCACUAUAUCCUUUCCCAGAAAUGUGGUCUGCCACUAAUCGCGAUGACAGCUCCUCAUAUGAGGGUGAAAUUUAUAGCCUCGUCAUCGAAUGCUCCAGUUUAUUCGAGACUUUAACUGAGCAAUCUGGUACCGACUAUAAGACUGGACUGUCGACUGGUACAUCGCCCAAACUCAAUGAUUCUCCGUCCAUAAACCCUGACAGAGGCCAGAGGCCUUCUGAAUCGAAAGAUGAUGUAAGGGAGAAAGACAAGAGAAAGCUCAAGGUGAAGCAGAUGGGAAGGAGCUUCGAUCUUUUUAUUAAUUAUACUGGUGCCCUUGCCGCUGUUGGCCGAUCGCUUGAUGAUCGGCUGAAUGGCCAUCCAGACAUAAAAUGUAUGGUGGUCGAACUUCUUCAGAUGCUUAUUAGAAACCUACAAUACAUCUCCGCUGCAGGCCUGCUUUAUUCCAAGGCCCAACGGGAUGAAACCUCUCCCCAGAACUUGGCGGAAGAGGCUUGGUCGGCGACUGAGAGCGCAAUCGAUGGUCUACACUUUAUGGCUUCCGCAAUUCGUAGGUCCUCUACCCAAAGCCAAAGGUACAAUCUCUCGUCUCGAUUCGACAGAGAUGACGACAUCUCCUUCGAGGAGUACUCCGUACUCCUCGUCAAACGUGACUUUCCCAAUGCUAGACGCUCUUUAUGUGAGCAACUCGGUGCUUCUAUCGCAGUUCGUCGGAAAAGACUGUUUCGUAGUAAUAUACAUGAAGAGAAACUGAGCACGAGGCGGGAAAUCGUCCUGCCAAAGCAAGGCUCAGGUCCUGUGGCCCAACCACGAGUAUCGCCUUCGCAGGCUGACGCACAGUUGACAGCUUCUCAACCUCAUAGAUUGAAAAUAGAGUAUAAAGCCUCCCCCUGGUCCGACGACACACGGAGUAAAUUAGACAGUAUGGCAGUUCGCAGCUAUUUGAACAGAGGGCCGAGCCUCUCGACAAUCAGUACGGGAUCUUCAGUUCGAAAUACGAAAGUCGAUUAUCCCGCAAAGCCGAACGCUGGAAAUGAUGAUAAGUACUGUGCGUGCCCUUAUUGCGCGAAACCAUUGGAACUUGGGAGGUUAAGAAUGGAUGCUAAGUACUGGGAGAACCAUAUUGACAUAGACGUGAAACCUUACGUAUGUCUUUCCGAGGAAUGCACAUCUCCAUUCUUAUUUUUUGUCCAUAUGAAGGAGUGGCUCGACCACAUGAAUACGAUGCAUUCAGAGCAAUGGAAUCAAAAAAUUCAUAUGAUGACUUGGUAUUGCGACAUUGAACAUGGGGGGGAAGUCCUUCAAUUCAGCGACCAUAGUGCAUUCAUUGCGCACAUGAAGGACUGUACGAACCAUCCUAAACGACAAUCUCCAACCGACCUGCAACUUGACGCCCUUUCUAGGAGUAAGCAAAAAAUGCUUGUGCGCCAGGAAAAAUACUCUUGCCCUCUCUGCAAUUGCGUUCCUGACUCCAUCGAGCCCGUCAUUCAGACAGGCAACCCAGAGGAGAUUAAGCACCUCUUAAACAAACAUAUUGCAAAACAUGUGAAGACACUUGCCUUCAUAUCAGUCCCUGCCUGGACAAGCACAGAUCCAGACCAGUUGGAAAUAUCUGAUGCCGAUGAGGAAGACAAACGGCGCCUGAGGAGUGAAGGCUCUACAGCUUCGUAUCUCACUGGGUUCGAUUCGGAUAUCCGUUCCAUUUCCUUAUCCUUCACCGAAGACCCUCCAAGAACAGAUUUGGAAAUCGUUUCAGACCAGCUUUUCGAAAUCCAAGAGACACAAGAAACCCACUGGGAUGAUAUCGGUUUCAAUGAUUAUAAAAUUACACAUUCUACACUCGACGGAGAGAAAGAUUUCUUACUAGAACAUUUCGCCCGCCUUCAGCACUCGAACAGCAUAUUUAAUGUGGUCACACCUUCACAGGCAAAGGAGAAGUUCCAUAUUGGCUGGAUCUGUGCAUUGCCCAUUGAAGCAGCCGCCGCAAUCCAAAUGCUGGAUGAGAACUUUGGGGCUCUCCAGGACCAAGACAGAAUGGAUACAAAUACAUACACCUUAGGUAGAAUCGGUCACCACUAUGUUGCUAUUGCUUGUCUCCCUGUACAACACGGGAUAGGUUCAGCUGUCACCGUGGCCAAAAACAUGAUGCGUACAUUUUCAAAAUCACUGAGGAUUGGACUGAUGGUGGGCAUUGGAGGAGGGAUUCCGUCUCCUGAUCAUGAUAUUCGACUUGGCGAUAUUGUGGUCAGUCAUCCGGAGGAUGGCUCUUGUGGUGGCGUGAUCCAACAUGACAUGGGAAAGAUCGGUCAGGAUGGCAAAAUUUGGCGAAUGGAGUCUUUAAAUACUCCACCGAAAUCUCUCUUGACUGCGCUUAGCCAGAUCAGAGCGGCCGGGUUAUAUCAAGAUGCGGUCUAUCCAUCUUAUAUCAAACAAGCCAUUGAAAGGAACGCAAGAACGCAGAAAAGGUUUAGCCGACCUGAUCUGCGAACUGAUCGAUUGUUCCGCAUUGAAUAUGAGCAUCCAAUGACUGCUCCAAUUUGCGAUAGAUGUCCUGUGGAAUGGGAAGAGGUAAGAUUACCACGGAAAGACAGCGACCCCCAAAUACAUUACGGGAUCAUUGCGUCUGGAAAUACAGUCAUUAAACACGGAGCAACUAGAGAACAGAUCCGCCAGGAGACAGGUGCUUUAUGUUAUGAAAUAGAAGCCGCUGGACUGAUGUCAGAUUUUCCUUGUAUUGUGAUACGGGGAGUAUGUGAUUAUGCAGACUCUCAUAAGAACAAGGAAUGGCAGGGAUAUGCUGCAUUAACGGCAGCAGCAUAUACCAAAGAGUUCCUCGCUUAUGUCCCAUGGGGAAAUUUGUCCCAAGAGAUAUUAGAAACAGACGUUUGUGGUAACAUUGAACGCCGUUGUCACCAAGCAUUUAAGACUUCAAAUUAUGAAAUGUAUAAAAAUAUCAACCCAGAUCGAGUGGAAGGGACUUGUGAAUGGGUCUUGCGAAGCCCUAAGUACCUGCGUUGGUGGAAAGCUACUGGAGAUGACCUGUUAUGGAUCUCAGCUGACCCAGGAUGCGGUAAAUCAGUACUUGCAAAAUCACUUAUUGACGAUAUAUUCAAAAUUUCUACACCAAAACUGUCAAUUUGUUAUUUUUUCUUUAAGGACAACGAUGAACAGAACAAUCUAGCCACUGCAUUAUGUGCUGUACUUCAUCAGCUUUUUAUAUUACAGCCACAACUGUUACGACAUGCAUUACCAGUUUGGGAAAAGAACCAAGAGAAGAUUCAGCAGGAAGUAGAAGACCUAUGGAAGAUUUUCAUAGCGGCAACAUCUGAUCCAACAUCAGCUAACACUGUCUGUGUCUUUGAUGCUCUUGAUGAGUGUCAAAUCCAGGAUCAAAAACAUCUUAUUGAAAAGCUUCAAAAAUGUUAUACCCAGCCCAGUUCAUCCAGUCGAAGGAAUUGGCUGAAAUUCCUGGUUACUAGUCGACCUUACGAGGAAAUUCAACAAGUUUUUCAGCUAGUAACAAAAUCAUUUCCGCAGAUUCAUCUCCGAGGUGAAGCAGAAAAUAAUCAGAUUCAUAAUGAAAUUAGUCUUGUUGCGAAGAUCCGUGUGGCAGAGCUUAGUGAAAUGUUUAAUCUUAAAGCUGAAACGCAGGCACGACUUGAGAAAGAGCUCCUUCAAAUGGAGCAGCGCACAUAUUUAUGGUUGCAUUUGGUGAUUGACGAUAUUCGGAACAGAUUCCAGGACAGUUUUAAACCCGAUCAAGAAUCAAUUUCCUUGAUCCCUAAAUCGGUCAGUGAAGCAUAUGAAAAGAUUCUGGAUCAUGUUACUCCUGAACAAGAAGCAACAGUGAGAACAAUAUUGCAAAUCAUCAUUGGAGCACAGCGUCCAUUGACUAUUCAAGAAAUGGCCAUGGCCUUAGGAGUGGCUACUUCAACGCAGACACGAACAGCAGAGGAGGCGGGUCUUAACCCAGAAGGGCUAAGCGAAAGGAUACGGCGACUGUGUGGGCUCUUCGUUUUUAUCAAAGAUUCCAGGAUAUAUCUUAUUCACCAGACAGCAAGGGAAUUUUUGAUUAACAACAUUCCUGGAUCUACCAGGUCCAAAUGGUAUUUUAAACUCAGCGAUGCACAGAUCCAAGUUACUCAAAUCUGUGUUAAAUACCUCUUAAUGGACGACUUAGGAGGCAACAAGCACGAAGCGAAUGUACAGUCCUUACUGGAGUACUCAGCACAGAACUGGCCUGAUCACUUCCGCGAGAUAUCCUCACCGACGCCUGAGCUAAUGGCGUACACCUAUCAGCUGUACGACCUUGCCGCUAAACGAUUUGCUUUGUGGUUUCCUAUCUUCUGGGAGAUGGUAAUGCCACAUGUACCAAAACCUCAGAUGAAUGCGCUUCACUUAGCCGCAUUUAAUGGACAUAAUAAGAUCAUACAGAGGUUAAUCAUGGAUUGUGAAAACACAAUCAAUUACCAAGAUAGUACAAGAACAACUGCACUCCAAUGGGCAUCUCUGCGUGGACAUUACAAGUGUGUACUGAUCCUACUGGAAAGUGGAGCCGAUAUAAAUACUCAAGGUGGAUACUAUGGAAACGCUCUCCAGGCUGCUUCUGCUGGAGGACAUCUUGAUAUCAUAAAGCUACUCUUGGAUAAAGGAGCUGAUAUUAAUGCUCAAGGUGGACAUUAUGAGAAUGCUCUUCAAGCCGCUUCUGCUGAAGGACAUAUCGACAUUGUGCAACAACUAUUGGAGAAAGGAACCAAGAUUAAUACUCGAGGUGGACAUUAUGGGUAUGCUCUUCAAGCUGCUUCUGCUGGAGGACAUCUUGAUAUUAUAAAGCUACUCUUGGAUAAAGGAGCUGAUAUUGAUGCUCAGGGUGGAUACUAUGGAAACGCUCUCCAGGCUGCUUCUGCAGGAGGACAUCUUGAUACUAUAAAGCUACUCUUGGACAAUGGAGCCUAUAUUGAUGUUCAAGGUGGAUACUAUGGAAACGCUCUCCAGGCUGCUUCUGCAGGAGGACAUCUUGAUACUAUAAAGCUACUCUUGAACAAUGGAGCCUAUAUUGAUGUUCAAGGUGGAUACUAUGGAAACGCUCUCCAGGCUGCUUCUGCUGGAGGACAUCUUGAUACUAUAAAGCUACUCUUGGGCAAUGGAGUCUAUAUUGAUGCUCUGGGUGGAUACUAUGGAAACGCUCUCCAGGCUGCUUCUGCUGGAGGACAUCUUGAUACUAUAAAGCUACUCUUGGACAAUGGAGCCUAUAUUGAUGCUCAGUGUGGAUACUAUGGAAACGCUCUCCAGGCUGCUUCUGCAGGAGGACAUCUUGAUAUUAUAAAGCUACUCUUGGAUAAAGGAGCUUAUAUUAAUGCCCAAGGUGGACAUUAUGGGAAUGCUCUUCAGGCCGCUUCUGCUGGAGGAUAUCUUGAUAUUGUGGAGCUACUCUUGGACAAUGGAGCCAAUAUCAAUGCCCAAGGUGGACAUUAUGGGAGUGCUCUUCAGGCCGCUUCUGCUGGAGGAUAUCUUGAUAUUGUGGAGCUACUCUUGGGUAAAGGAGCUGAUAUUAAUGGAGAAGAUGGACAUUAUGGGAAUGCUCUUCAGGCCGCUUCUGCUGGAGGAUAUCUUGAUAUUGUGGAGCUACUCUUGGACAAUGGAGCCAAUAUCAAUGCCCAAGGUGGACAUUAUGAGAAUGCUCUUCAAGCUGCCUCUGCUGAAGGACAUAUCGACAUUGUGCAACAACUAUUGGAGAAAUGA